AUGUCGUUUCCACCACCUCCAGGUUUCCAGCAACCGCCUCGCCCUUCCUCCACUCAACAGCAGCCCCACGCCUCCCUUCCUCCGCGACCUCCUUCCACCUCCCUUGCUAGCUCGGCUCCCCAUAAACAAAGCAAUGGUUCGAACUCCACCGGUUAUAAUGGUUUCGGCGGAUUCCAGCCACGCUCCGUAGCGGCUAACCAGACAUAUCGCUCACGUACCACGCCAGCUAGCCCUACAACCUACAGUUCUGGUGCUAGCUAUUCAACACCGACUGCAUCAUAUAGCUCCAAUUAUCAGUCUCAGCCACAGUACCAACAACCACCUCAGCUUUACCCACCUCAAUCAAGCACCUAUUAUUCACAACAGCAGUAUGGAAACAGCAAUCAUGCCCAGUCUGCAACUUCCCAGAGGGCGCCUUAUUCUGCAGCACAGGAUCAAAGUACAUACGGCUAUGGCUCCAAUAACCGUGGAUUUGGGCACCAGGGCGAGUCUUCUGUGGACGCUGAAACUGAAGCUCAGAUUGCUCAGUGGCAGAGCGCUUAUAUGAGCAAGGAUGAAAAUAAUCAGUCUGCUGGAAGCAAUAAUAGAGGCGCGGCGGGACGGAGAGAUGACGCUUCAUCAGCUACAGGUGCCAAUACAGGUCCCCUUGGAAACUCUCAGCGUUUUCAUGACAGUUCUGCUACCUCCACCCCACCCAGUACCACUCAAACCUCUACAGCAACCCCCGCUCCCGGCCAGAUAGGCCCCCAGAAGACCGUCAUGCGUUCUGGAGGCGGCCAGACCUGGACAGACUCAACCCUCCUUGAAUGGGAUCCUGCGCAUUUUCGACUGUUCUGCGGCAAUCUAGCUGGUGAAGUCACAGACGAUUCUCUUCUCAAAGCAUUUUCGAAAUACCCAUCUGUUCAGAAGGCCCGCGUUAUUCGGGAUAAACGAACGGAGAAGAGCAAGGGAUACGGGUUUGUGAGCUUUAGUGACGGUGAAGAUUAUUUUAAAGCAGCGCGAGAGAUGCAAGGCAAAUAUAUAGGCUCUCAUCCCGUGCUUCUAAGACGAGCAAUGACUGAAAUCAGGCCCGUCGCCAGCGGUAAAGGCGGUGCGAAGAAUCAGAAAAAGGGCAGAAAUGUCCAUGGUAGUGGGGCUGGCGGUAAAGAUUCAAAGGGGGGCGGUAAAGGCUCUGAUGGCGUCCAAAAAAAGCAGUCCAAAACAAAGGGUGGCCUACGAGUACUUGGGUGA